AUGUCAAAGGACAGUGAGAAAUCUGAAGAAUUAUUUAAACCAGUCGGUGAAGCCGCUGAAGAAGUGUCCAAUGCACAACAACAAGGAGGUGUUGACGGUGUCGUGAUAACUGGUGCUGAGGAUGCUAUGGGUCAUCCAGUCCAAGAAAUAGAAUCGCUUUGUAUGAACUGUGGUGAAAAUGGUACUACUAGAUUACUAUUAACUUCCAUUCCAUAUUUCAAAGAAGUUGUUUUGAUGUCUUUUGAAUGUCCUCAUUGUAACUUGAAGAACUCUGAAAUUCAACCAGCUUCUCAAAUUGAAGAAAAAGGUUCUAAAUAUUUAUUAAAGAUUGAGAACAAGGAUGAUUUCAAUAGACAAAUCGUUAAGUCUGAGUCAGCUAGUUGUAAAUUCGUCGAGUUAGACAUUGAAAUCCCACCAAAGAAAGGGCAAUUGACUACCGUCGAAGGUUUAUUAGAAGAAAUGAUUGAAGAUUUGGAAGCUGACCAAGAGGCAAGAAAAUCUGUCGAUGAAGAAUUAUGGAAAAAAAUUAAUGAAUUCAUUAAAAAAGUAAGAGACGCCAUUGCUUGCGAAGAAGGUCUCUUACCGAUGACUUUCAUUUUAGAUGAUCCAGCAGGUAACUCUUGGAUCGAAUUUGUUCCAGGCGAGCCACAACACAAAUGGUCUCACACUCAAUAUAUCAGAAACGAUGACCAAAACGUUCAAGUUGGUAUAAUUACGCGUGAUCAAUUAGAACAACGUAGACAGGAACAAUUAGCAGAAUUGUCUAAUCGUGAAAGAAACCAAUCUCAAUCAGUCAAGGUAGGGUCCGCUGCAAACCAAUUUUUAUCAGAUGCUACUGAUAUUGAAAAUUAUUCAAAUGAAGUCCAAACUUUCAGAACUGCUUGUCCUUCAUGUUUACAAGAAUGUGAAACGCACAUGAAACCAGUUGAUAUCCCACAUUUCAAAGAAGUUAUCAUCAUGGCAACUACUUGUGACAACUGUGGUUACAAGUCAAAUGAAGUUAAAACCGGUGGUGCUAUCCCCGAAAAGGGUAAGAAGAUCACUCUAUACUGUGAUGACAGUGCUGAUUUGUCCCGUGAUAUAUUAAAAUCAGAAUCUUGCGCUUUGUCUAUCCCUGAAUUAAAUCUAGACAUUCACGAAGGUACUCUAGGUGGUAGAUUCACAACUUUAGAAGGUUUAUUAGAACAAGUUUCCGAAGAAUUGAGAUCCCGUGUAUUCUCCCAAACUUCUGAUUCAAUGAAUGAAGAAACCAAACAACGUUGGGAAUCUUUCUUUGGCAAAUUGAAGGAAGCACUUGAAGGCAAAGUAAAAUUCACUGUCAUAAUGACCGAUCCAACAGCCGGUUCUUAUAUCCAAAACGUAUAUGCUCCAGAUCCAGAUCCAAAUAUGAAAAUCGAAGAAUUUGAAAGAUCAGCGGAACAAAAUGAUGAUUUAGGUCUGACGGGUAUGGAUGUUAAUUAA